AACAAAACCUUAACUAAACGAUUACAUAUAGCACAGCCCAAGACCAGCCGAGUUUCCAGUGUCGAACACAGUCCGUGUUCGCGAGUCCAACGUACCAGAGCCCCCAUAUCAAUUGGAAAUCAGACAUAAUGUUAGCCGCUUUAUCGACAUUUCUAAGCAUUGUGGGAUUUUAUGCACUCGCUUGUUAUCUCUACGAGCAGCUGAGAACACCUUACCGAUUGCUAAAGUUGCGUCUGGCGGGCAAUCCAAAGGAAAGACUCUCACUGAAGGAGCGUUUUGGUAGCUGGGCGGCAAUUACGGGCAGCAGCGAUGGCAUUGGCAAGGCCUACGCCAAGGAGCUGGCACGAGAGGGCAUCAAUGUUGUGCUGAUAGCCCGGAACGAGGAGAAGCUCAAGGCAGUAGCUGAGGAAAUCGCAACGGAAUGCAAAGUACAGACUAAGAUAGUCGUGGCGGAUUUCACGCAUGGUGCUCAGGCCUACUUGCAAGAGCGCGAGCUGGCUGAUCUGCCGGUGACCAUACUAGUUAAUAAUGUGGGCUUGGGCCUGCCAGGUCCCAUCUGCAAAUGCAGCCAGGAGCAAACGCAGCAGCUAGUCGAAACCAAUGUGAUGGCCGUCUCGCAGCUCUCGCGUUAUUUCUUCCAGAGCCUGCGCGCCUCUAAGACCAAAGGUGCGAUUGUCAACGUCAGCUCCGGCACGGAACUGCAGCCCGUGCCAUUUGCUGCUCUCUAUGCUGCUUCUAAGGCAUACACGCGCAGCUUUACGCUGGCGCUGCAGUGGGAGGCGGCUCAGUUUGGCAUUCAUGUGCAGCUGCUGUCGCCCAACUUUGUGGUCACCAAGAUAAACAACUACUCCAAACGCAUAAUGCAGGGCGGUCUCUUCAUACCCACAGCCGAAACUUAUGCGCGCAGCGCUGUGGCCCAGCUAAGGGAUGGUGUGGACGAAACUCCUGGCUAUAUCUGGCAUCAUGUACAGAAUGCGGUAAUGACCGCUAUUCCGUGGAGAUUGCGCUUGACUUUGGCUCAAUUAUUCUUUACAGUAAUGGCCGACAAGAAGAAAAAUAAAUAAAAGCAUUGCAUACUGCUAGGUGGCAACAGUAA